GGGCGAGAGGCCGUGAGCAGCGGCGGGGAGGGGAGAGGAAAGGCAGGGGAGGGGAGGGAAGGGGGCACCCUCCUGCCGAGAGCCGGCGGGCGUCCCCGGCGGCGAGGGGAGCCCCGCGGGCAGCCGCCCCCGCGCCGCCGCCCCCCGGCGGUCCCCUCCCCACCGACACCCCGGACCGGUGAGGAGGAGCGGUUGCUUCGGAAGACUUCCUUUCUCGGCACGCCUCACUUUUCCUUUCUUCUUUGGGGCGAAGGGAGCAUCGAGGGGAACAGCUCGUUUUGGUGGUGUUUUGUGGUUUGUUGUUUUUUUUUCUCCCUUGGAGUUUUUUCUUGAACAUCCCCCGCGCCGCGCUUCCGUGGUCUGGAAAUUCUGUGUGACUGCAAGACGAGUUUUGGAGUUGUUUUGGAUUUUUGUUUUUCCUUUUUUUGUUGUUGUUUUUGUUUAUUUUUUCCUGCCCUUGAACUGAAUUUGUCCUCUGUGCAUGCCUCUUCUGGAGCAAGGCUGGAUCCUGAACCUCAGUGCAUGUGGGGGGCAAAGCCUCGUUAAUACUCCUGCAGUAAUAGUAAAAUGUAAAUUGGAUAGCACGACUUCCUGCCAAAGGCUCCAAUGAGUGGCACACAGUCCACAAUCACGGACAGGUUUCCUCUCAAAAAACCUACAAGACACGGCAGCAUUCUGAGCAGAGAGUCUCCAGCUGACAAGAAACAGAAGGUUGAACGCUGCAGUAGUACGCACGACUUUGAUCCGACAGAUAGCUCCUCCAAGAAGACAAAGUCUAGUUCGGAGGAGAGUAGAUCGGAGACGUAUGGUCUUGUUCAACGGUGUGUUGUUAUCCAACGGGAUGAAAACGGAUUUGGGCUGACAGUCAGCGGAGACAAUCCAGUCUUCGUGCAGUCCGUCAAAGAAGAUGGAGCAGCCAUGCGGGCUGGAGUGCAAACAGGGGAUAGAAUUAUCAAGGUGAAUGGCACUCUUGUAACUCACUCAAACCAUCUGGAGGUGGUAAAGCUGAUCAAGUCGGGUUCCUAUGUAGCUCUCACUGUUCAGGGGCGCCCACCAGGGUCGCCCCAGAUUUCAUUAGCUGAUUCUGAAGUGGAUCUGGCAACAUUUGGGCAUAUGUCUCCCAUCAUGACAUCUCCCCAUUCGCCUGGCACAUCAGGAAAUGCAGAAAGGAUUACUAGCCCAGUGCUUGUUGGGGAGGAGAAUAAUAUUGUCCACAGCCAGAAGGUGGAGAUUCUGAGAAAGAUGCUACAGAAAGAGCAGGAGCGGCUGCAGUCUCUGCAAGAAGAGUAUAGCCGAUCACCCACCACACGAGUGCUCAAAGAGAUACAGGAAACGAAGAAGCACAUUCCUCAGCUGCAAGAGCAGUUGUCCAAAGCCACAGGCUGUACUCAGGAUGGAGUCUUGUACUCCAGGUCUGUGACGGAAUCGCUGCAGAUCAGUGAAGUGGAGGCAGAGAGCGGGGACUGUGUGAGCAAACUGGAUUACAGUGGUGACAGCCCCUCCCGACCGAACAGUGACAUUGCUGAUAGUCCUCGCAGUGGCUUGAAGGAGCGGAUUUAUCCAGAUGAGAGCCCAGAAAAGAGUGAGGUUCAAGAUAAUGAUUCCCAGUCGAGUGUUGGAAGUCCUUUAUCCAGAGUGGGGCCUCAGAUCAUUGGAGCAGAGGAUGACGACUUUGACACUGAACAGGAGCAGAUUAAUGGACAAUGCAGCUGUUUCCAAAACAUUGAGCUCCUGAAAUCUCGCCCAGCUCACCUGGCUGUUCUUCUGCAUCAUGUGGUGUCCCAGUUUGACCCUGCAGCAUUGUUAUGCUACCUUUACACAGACCUGUACAAGCAGACCAACUCCAAAGAGACUCGGCGUGUCUUCCUUGAGUUUUACCAGUUCUUCUUGGACCGAGCUGCAAAUCUAAAAGUUCCAGUCCCAGAUGAAAUCUCCCUAGAACUAGAUAGAAGAAGGCCAGAACUCCUUCCUGAAGAGCUUCAUCGCCAGUUUAUACAAACUAUGCAAGAUAAAGUCUGUCCAGAAGUUCAAAGGAAUCUGGAAGAUUUUAGGCAGAAACGUAGUAUGGGAUUGACCCUGGCAGAAGGAGAGCUAACCAAGCUGGAUGCAGAAAGAGUUCGUGACCGGAAUGCAGUGGAGAAGGAAAGAGCAUGUGCAGAACAGAUUAUUGCUAAAAUUGAGGAAGUGUUGAUGACAUCUCAGCCUUUGGAAGAAGACAAGAGUUCCACAAUGCAGUAUGUGAUUCUUACUUACAUGAAACACCUGGGAGUCAAAGUUAAAGAACCUCGUAACCUGGAGCAGAAGCGUGGCCGUAUUGGUUUCUUGCCAAAGAUCAAGCAAAGUAUCAAGAAGGAGAAAGAAGGAGAGGAAAAAGGAAAGAGAAGAGGCUUUCCUAAUAUUCUGGGCCCACCAAGGAGACCGAGUCGACAUGAUAGCAGUGCAAUUGGCAGAGCCAUGGAAAUGCAGAAGCCCCGCCAUUCAAAGCACUUAACUACAGCGUCUUCUGUUAGCCCAGAGCCACCGGAUUCUAGCAAGAUGCGCCAGAGUGGGUCCUCCAGUGAUGGAACAGAUGUGCCAUAUCCGCCUGCCAACCCAAUGUCUCCUUUGGCAAUGGGUCCCUUUUCCUCUCCAGAGGGAAGCAAAGAUAGCGAAACAGGUUUGAAGCAGACUGGAGAAGCUCCACCUGCCAAUGACUGUAUGGAUGGCACUCCCCGCACACCUAAUAAUACCUUUGAAUUCCCAUCUCCUUUGGAAAACUUGCAGGAGGAGGAGGGAGAAUCAGAAAGAAUGGUUGACAUGGGAACGCCAAAGCCUUUUCGCAAGAUGGACAGUGUUGGUUUCACAGAUGUACAAAGUGAAGAUGAGCUAUAUGAUUUUGACAUGGACAUGGACCCUCCCAACUGGCAGCAACUUGUGAGCCGAGAAGUGUUGCUGGGGCUGAAACCCUAUGAAAUCAAGCGCCAAGAAGUGAUUAAUGAGUUGUUUUACACUGAGAGGGCUCAUGUUCGCACGCUGAAGGUUCUGCAUAAUGUCUUCUACCAGCGUGUCACCCGGGAAGGGAUCCUGAACUCCAGCGACAAACGGAAAAUCUUCUCCAAUCUGGAGGAUAUUCUUGGGCUUCAUAUUGUGUUGAACGAUCAUAUGAAAGCUGUCCGAAAAAGGAAUGAGACUUCUGUUAUUGGCCAAAUUGGGGAAGACCUGCUUUCCUGGUUUAGUGGAGCAGCAGAGGAGAAGCUGAAACAUGCAACUGCCACCUUCUGCAGUAACCAGCCCUUUGCUCUAGAGGUCAUCAAGUCACGCCAGAAGAAGGACUCUCGCUUCCAGACUUUUGUGCAGGAUGCUGAGAGUAAUCCACUGUGUCGCCGGUUGCAGCUGAAGGAUAUCAUUCCCACAGAGAUGCAGAGGUUGACUAAGUACCCCCUUCUGCUGGAUAACAUUGCAAAGUACACAGAACUAUCUGAAGAGAAAGAGAAAGUGAAGAAAGCAGCAGAUCAUUGUCGUCAGAUCCUUAACCACGUGAACCAGGCUGUCAAAGAGUCAGAGAACAAGCAGCACUUGGAAGAUUAUCAGCGUCGUCUUGACCUGUCUUACUUGAAGCAGUCCGAGGAUCCCAUGAUGGAUGAGUUCAGGAACUUGGAUCUAACAAAGAGAAAAAUGCUUCAUGAAGGACCUCUAAUUUGGAAGGUUAAUCGUGACAAAACUAUUGAUCUCUACACUCUGCUUCUGGAGGACAUUCUGGUGCUGUUGCAGAAACAAGAUGAUAAACUGGUACUGAAGUGUCACAGUAAAAUCUUGGCAUCUACAGCUGAUAGUAAACACACCUUCAGUCCUAUCAUCAAAUUGAACACCGUUCUGGUUCGUCAGGUGGCAACAGAUAACAAAGCUUUCUUCGUCAUCUCCAUGUCAGAAAAUGGCGCUCAUAUUUAUGAACUGGUGGCACAGACUGUUUCAGAAAAGAAUGUAUGGCAGGACCUUAUAGCUCAGAUGGCAGGGACUGUAAAAAUGGGCAGUACCAGAAGAGUGAUUCCAUUACCACAGUCAGGACCUGGCGAAGAAGAGCGUGAAGAAGAGGAGCAGCAGAAGCUCAAAGAGCAGCAUGACAUUCCUGCCAGUAGUCUACAGAGUCCAGAUAAAGAUUUGGGCCUCGAAUCUCCAUUAAUACUAAAUGCUCAGUCGUCUUCGCCCAUCAUGUCUGAAAAGUCCAAGGUAGAAAGUCUUCUUGUGUCAGAAAGACAGUUUGAUAAAGUGCAGCAGGCAGACCUGACACUUAAAGAUUCUUCUGCAUGCUAUGAACACACAACCACCAGUUUACCAUCAGUAUCCGAAGGGCAGUGGGCACUGGAUGCAUUAAGGAACUUGGGCUUGCUGAAACAAUUGUUGGUACAGCAGCUUGGCUUUUCUGAGAAGGGGAUCCUUGAAGACCGGCAGCGCUUUCCCAGGUUUAGGACCGUUUCUCAAGAAGCCCAAACGGAGAGUGGAAGUGAGCCUGGACUACAGCACUCUGACAAUAACAAAUUUCACCAGCCUGGAACAUACAGAAUGCUUCCAAGAACCGGAACUAAUGAGUCCACAGCUAGUUAUGGCCUCCGGACUUCAGCUGAAUCGCCAGCAGCAGGGGAUGCCAUGCAGCUGAUAGUGAGAGACCCCAGGUCAAGUAGUAACUUAGCAAUAGACCACAUGAGUAUGAAUCUGGAGAUGUCUACCACAGAGCUGGAAGGGGUGGGUGCUGAUGAAAGUGGGGAGCAUUUUUUUGAUGCACGAGAAGCUCACAGUGAUGAAAAUCCAUCUGAAAGUGAACUAAUGGAAAGGAAGGAGGAAGAUGAUGUGCAAAUACGGAUCUCAGGAAAUUAUUUGAUCCUUGACGGAUAUGGAACAGUACAGGAGAGCUCCACAGACGAGGAGGUAUCGUCCCUAGUUCUCCAGUACACUGCAGGUGGCCGCGCCUCUUUGGACUCUGCACAGCAGCAGCCACUUUCCCCACGGGACGCCCAGUCGGAUGGAGGAAGCUCCCCGUUUGCUGAGGAGAUGAUGGCCUCACGCUGGGGGGGAGUGGAAGAGUCCUGCUCAUUUGUAGCAAGCCCUCACUUUUCUAUAGAGUCACGUGUGCAGAUGAUGCAGUAUAUUCAGAAGAUAGAGGAUGACCUUGAAAAGUUAAAGGAGGUUGAAGAAGACUACACCAUUCUCCGACGCCAAGGGCUGGCUGGAUCAGCCUCCACGGGAGAGCACUCAGACAAAAGCUAGUCGUGUUUUUAGGAGUGGCUGAAGAUUGGAGGAAGAGUAUCAGGACACCAUGCCCGCUGUCUUCCUUGUGGACUCUGAGACAAGAGGGUUUGGACCAUCCAAACGUGAACCAUACUCUAGGAAAGUGGGCAUGGGGUGCUUUUCCUGUGGGGCAUCUGCACUAUCUUGUCAGUGAGGGAGUCUAUUCUACUCUGCUCCUCUCCUUGUUACCAGAAAGUAAUAUUUCAGAACAGAAAAACCAAACCAAAUGUACAGAGCUUUGGGUGUAGGAUAUAAAACUGUAUUUAGACAUUUAAAAAAAAAAAUCAAUGUAUUUAUUUGACUUCAUUCCGUGUAUCAAAAGCACAUUUUAAUUUUUUAAUCUGCCUUUUUUGUUCUAUUUUAAUUGGGUAGUGACAGUUCUAGCCCUCUGCAUAUAGUACACCCUGCCUGCCACUGCUCCUGAACCAAAAGUCAGGUCUGAGGGGAGAGGGUGUGCCUAUAUGCAGCUGUAUCUUCACUGGACUGGACUCUGCACUCCCUGCUGGCGAUCAAACUGCCAUGCAAAGAGCUACUUAUGAAGGUGUUAGGAUGAAUUGUGGCUGGAACUAUCUGUAUUCAACAAUUGCAUGGGAACUGCUCAUGUCACCACAUAUGUAACAAGACUUUUCCAUGCACUAAAUAGCCAGGCACUUGAGAUGGGCAAAUUUCUUUUCUCCCUGCUCCCAUUAGGGGUCUCCUUUGUUGACAUGCAAGAUUAGACUGGGAGAGGGGAAAGAUAGGUUUAAUUUUUUCUUGACUUAGUUGGCUUUGAUCAUUGUCUCCUUUGUAAAGUGAUAAAAAUACUUGGACCUGCAGCACUUUUGUAACUCUUCUCUGGAUCAAAAAGAAAAAAUGCAAACCCAGAAGUGUAUCAAAGAUGUGGGGCAGAUCUGCCCCUGAUUCACUACUGAAUGAUUAAGGGCUGCCAUUUGAGUUAGCCACAGGUACUGCUGAUUAUAGGGCCAGUAAGUUUUAGUACCUGAAAGUAUGUCUUGCUGAGGGCUUGGGGUGGGUUUUGGGGUUUUUUUAGGGGGGUGGGAUUGGGUUAGGUUUUGUUUUGUUUUGGGUUUUUUCUUUUUUUUUUUUUUUACACUUAUUUGUGCCAAUGUGUUCUCACUGAAACAGAGAUGUGCAAAACAAAGAAGGCUGAAACAGCUCUUUAGUACAUCCUUAGGCCUGUUCUAAUCAGUUUUGCUGUUGGAAUUCCUUUUGGUCUGGGAACAAGAUGGUAACUAUCAGGCUACUGGCAGAGCUAACACUGGACAGCCUAAGCUGGCUGUGCCUCCUCUCUGCUUUUGGUCCUAGGACAGGCAUUUCCUGCUUGGCAUAGGGUGCUUCAAGCUGCUCCUGGUAUCACAGACACUGUACAUACAUCUGCUACUGGAAAUUGUGUAAAGCAGUCUUUUUUGCACCCUCUUCCCAAGUUUUGAACUAUUUGAUGAACCCAAACUGAACAGCAUGCCCAACCUGUAAAUCCCAUUAAUAUGUCAGAACCGCUACAGCACUGUUUGCAUCACUGCGUGCAUCGUGAAGUACUGAGAAUCUGUCUUUGGUCAGCAAAAAGACCAUACUCCCUGCUCCUUUACAACAAACACUUUCUCUUUAACUAUGGGCAAGAAAUCAGAUCUGUCCUUUGUCUACUCAUGUAGGAAUAAACCAGUCCUUUUUCUUCCUGUUAGGAAUAUGCCAGAGAUAAGUUCGUGUAAAGAUUUGACAGAGGUUGAGCAGGGAUGAUUUGGGGCCUGAUAUGAAAGUUGGAGCCAUGAGCCCUUAUAGAGCAGGGAGGAGUUUCUCUUGUCUUAAAAGCCACUUGCACAAAGUAUAAUUUUUCACCAGUGGAGCAUUACACUGCCAACACAAGCCAAAGUGUUCUCUUCCAGGCUGGCAGGAGCUUCCUCUUCCUUGGGACCCACUAAGGCCUGUCCUGUUGCACCUGUAUGAGUAUACUGUCAGUAUUAGCCAAGCACUUCCAUUCCUAGUGGGUGGGAUCGCCCCUCCUCACCUUCAGCCAUACGGUUCCUUUGGUUAUAAACAUUUAGACUUCCUCUGAUAAAUUCCCAAACUGGAAUGCUGCCUCAUGCUGAAGUGGCAUCUUCUACCUGAUCCUGCCAGAAAGAGAACUGGGCUAUAGCCCGGCUUGGUAUUUAAGGCCCUUUUUCCCCUUAAAUAAAAGGACCCUUGUUCUUCCCCAACUCCCCUUCAUCACUUGGCAUGAUGCUUGCCUGGGUCUGCACGCUCUAGAAACAGGAGCAGUUGUUGUGACCAUAGCUGUCGAAAAGCUUUUUAGCAGGCUUCCAUCGUUGAUGGAAAAUCACCACUGACCUCUUUUAUUAGAGAGAGCUUAGUCUGGCUUCUCAGAGAUUGCUGGAAGAUCAGCAAAGGUGGCACCUGUGAAGGCCUGGGUGCUUAAUGCUCUUUACUUAUGACUGAAGAUAAAAUGCUUUUCUCCAAGCUGCAUGAAUUUUAAGGUUCGUGGUGAGCAACGUACUGCUCGAGAAGCGUAUGGCUGUUCGGAAGGGCCACAGGGGAGAAAUCUGUCCAUGCUGCCUCUGACUUUUUCACCUUGUGUAAACAUGUUGUAGCAUCAUCCACCACUACAUUGUUUCAUCUCUAAUAGAUGUAGUGAGAAAGCUGGGAAUGCAGAAUUUUCCCCGCCAUCCCCUAAUGCUGCCUUGGACAUUAUCCCCUGGGAGGUCAGGUGCAGUUCUUCCCCUGUCACCUCUCAAGAAGUAUAAGGGGAGACAUCCACACUUUAUUCCAGGCUAAAGAUGAUGGCAGAGAAGCCUUUGUGCUAGGUGAAAUGGACAGUCCCCGGAGAUCACAGAGGGCUUUAAGGAACGUUGGAGAAGACCAGUCCAAUUUGAACCCAGUUUUAUGGGCAAUAUAAAUAACACACUGUGCCCUGUCCUGUUUAGUUUUUGCUUCAGCUGGCCUUCUUAUGCUCCAUUGAUCAUCCUCACAAAUAGGCAUUACUCCUCUAGAAAAAGAAUGGUGGGGUCACGGAUCUGUUAUCUUCUGAGAGCAGUAACCUGAAAUAAUGGGGGAUUCCUUUUUCCUCUCUAGCCCAUCUGCCCUAUUGCGGCCCUCAGGCUAUAUCUUGCUGUGGGGAAGGAGCUGGAACUCAGACGCACUAUUCAGGAUUCUCACUUUCUUUUCCCCUUGAAGCCAUAAGAUUAUCCUUUUUUAAAUUCCAGUUUCCAGUGUAAGGAAGCAUCAUAAUUUGCCUAUGGUUGGUGAUUGAUUGUACAUUCCCUUAUUGAGACUGGAUAGCAGAGCAGGACAAUGUUCUCUGGUUCAUUUGCCCCAGCCCCUCCUCCCCAGUGGUUUGUUUUUGUUUGUUUUAGGUUGGUUAGUUUGGCUCCCCGCCCCCUUUCUUCCCCAAAUGCAACUGAGCAAGGGUUUCUUGUCUUGGGAACAAAGAUGUAGUAUGGCAACCAUUCCUUCAUAUCCUUCUGAGAAGUGAUUUGUCUUUUGCUGUUGCUGGGAUAUAGUUCAGGGACAGGCAAAAAAGUCGGAUGGGUACUUCUGGAAAGGGGAACUUCCUUCUCCUAUAGAAGCAUAGAAGAACAAGUGCUAAGCUGGCGUUUGAUCACUCUAUUUUCCUGAACAUACUGUGUCUGUAGGGAGGGGAGAUUUCUUUAACAUCCUAUAGGUGGGAUCAGAAAGAAGGAUGAAGAAUGUAAACCUCAAGAGCUAAGAAGUCUGGAUGGUUUUGGUCAGCUUUCAGAGAGCACUGUGCCUAUUUCCAGUGUUUUAUGAAAACUUAGAUAUACUGGUUUAAAGAUGCUGUCAUCAUUAUUACAAGAGGGUUCUGAUGCUUCAGCAGGUGGCCCUUGAUUAUAAUCUCAGUGCUUGAUCGUAUCUGGUAUUGUUUUCACCCUCUGUUCCCCAAAGAAGUCCCUUAAUUCCCUCUCCCUCCCCUAAAGGUGCCAACUGACAAGCAGAUGUACUGCAAAAGGGAUACUGCAGCCAAAACACUGCUGUUUUAUUUUGGAUUAAGUCUUGUGGAGCUCUCUUCAUACUAGAGUAUUUUUAUUUUCUUUGUACAACAUACAAUCAUGUACUCUUUAACAGAGAUUUACUUUAAAGAGAAGAAAAAUCUGGAAGUAUUCUUUAAAAAAUACACAAAAAAUCUUUAUUAAUAAUCCUGUAUUUUUACUGAUCAUGUCUGAAUGUCUAAAAAGACUUUAUUGUUCUAAUUAUCCAGAUGUAUGUUUGUAAAAUAGCUCUUUUAUGACUUAGCUGUUAAGGUUGUAUGUUUCUGGAAUUAAAUAUUGGUCACUUAAAAAAAAUUCUGUUUUCAGGAUCUGGGAAAUAGAAAAUUUAAGCGUUUCAAAUAUCAUUAAAUAAGCUUAAAGGAAAUAA